AUGCCAUCGUUCUUUCACCAAGUCCGCGCGCGCGCCAACAAGAUCAACUCGCUCCUGUGCGUGGGCCUCGAUCCCCAUGUGUCGGAGCUGCCGGCUCCCACCGCAACCGCCGCUGAGCAAUUCUGCCUCGACCUGAUUGCCCAAACCUCUGACGUGGCAGUUGCGUACAAGCCAAACGCGGCGUUCUUCGAAGUGUUUGGCGCAGAAGGGAUAUCUGCCCUCGACCGAGUCAUUGCUGCGAUCCCUGCUGAGAUCCCAGUUCUAUUGGAUGCGAAGCGCGGCGACAUUAGCACCACAGCUGCAGCCUAUGCAUCGGCGGCAUUUCACUCGGCCAAAGCACAUGCGAUCACGUUGGCGCCGUAUAUGGGCAAGGAUUCCAUCGACCCUUUCAUUAACAUGACCGAGUACCCCGAAAAAGGAUGCUUCGUGCUUUGCAAAACGUCCAACCCUUCCGCGGACGACUUCCAGACACUCACCUUGGGCGACGGGUCCAUGGUAUACGAGGCUGUGGCGAAGAAGGCACUUGCGUGGAACACUCAUGACAACAUUGGUCUUGUUGUCGGCGCCACUGAUGUCGUCGCUCUCCGCAACGUUCGUCGCAUUGUCCCGGACAUGUGGCUCCUCGCUCCCGGCCUUGGCGCGCAAGGCGGGAACUUGGAGGAAGCGGUUCUUGCUGGCUUGUCGGAGGAUGGUUUUGGUUUGCUUCUGCCAGUGUCGCGCGGCAUCUCCAAGGCGGCGAAUCCCCGCGAAGCCGCCCAUGCGCUCCGCGACGCCAUCAACGUUGUUCGCGCGAUGAAGCUGGAGCAAGUCCAGACGCAAUUUUUGCGCUUCUGCCUCAACUGCUCCGUGCUCAAGUUGGGGUCGUUCACGCUCAAGUCGGGUCGUCAAAGCCCAUACUUCUUCAACGCGGGCCUCUUCAAGACCGGGCGCAUGCUUCGCGAACUCGGCCGCUUCUACGCCAAGACGAUUCACGCAAGUGGCAUCGAAUUCGACGUGCUGUUUGGUCCGGCAUACAAGGGAAUUACGUUGGCGGCGGCGGUUGCGAUUGCUUUUGACGACCUCUACGGUCGAGACAUACCUUUUGCAUUCAAUCGGAAAGAAGCUAAGGACCACGGCGAAGGCGGCGUGCUGGUCGGCGCCGACGUCGCAGGCAAACGCGUUCUCUUGAUCGAUGACGUGAUCACAGCGGGUACGGCCAUCACGGAAGCGAUGCACAUCCUGUCGAGCGCCAAGGCGAACGUGGUCGGCGUCGUGAUCUCGCUCGACCGCCAGGAAAAGGCCUCCGUGACAGAUACACGGUCGGCGAUUCAAAUGGUCGAAGCGUCGUUCAAAAUUCCAGUCGUCUCGAUCGCCAACUUGAACAGCUUGGUCCGUCUCCUCGAACAAGAUGGCGAAGCGAGUGGCUUGAGUGCGGCCGAUCGUCAGACGUACUUGACAACCAUCAAACAGUACCGCGCCGACUACGGCGUCCAAGGGUAG